AUGGCUCUCGAGGCUCCUCUUAGAUCAUCGACCGGAAACUUGUAUUUUCCCUUUAAUAAGCAAAUCGACAUGUCCGCCACACCGGAAACCGAGGGACUGCGGUCCCCCUACAGGGUUGUCUCGUCUCCUCCACCUACAACGGACUCGGCCAUGUUGCGGCCCAGCUCAGUCAAUCGAGUCUCUUCAAAUACGAUGAAUGUGCUGAGCCCAAGUGAUAUUGUUGGACCGUCUCCAGUAACUUCCAAUGGGACAGAAACAACAGAGAUUGAAGACGAUGUUUCAGAUGAGGUUGAGCAGGCACAGAAUGGGGAUAUGUCUAAUCGCUCUGAGCUUCUAAUGCUUACCACGAACUUGCCCGAAAACGUUCGACAACCAAGUAGCGAGGAAGCAGUUUCAGUUAUUCAUGCCCCAGAGAGUUUCGCGAGCUGGACCUCCACAGAGUCCACCGCUCAACAAAGCCAGCCUAGUGAACGAUCGUCUCCCAAGGCCGACGAGACAAGCCUAGCUUCCCUCAAUGCUUCUGGGCAAAAGGCAAGACCAAACAUAUCAAGCGUCACUCCAACGUCCCACCCCCCGAGACCGCCAAUUUCAACAGACGUAAAGCCUGUUCGGUAUAAUGUCGAUAGCGCGACUCCUCGUGCUCAAGACUUGCAGGAUAUGUUAAAGGACGGCAGUCGACUGAGAUCUAGUAGCACUAGCAGUCUUGAGAAAAUCGAUGAACAAACCGAAGCUGAGGGAGACGAUUACGACGACGAUGAGUACUCUGGUGUUCCAUUCUUGCGGCCUGCCGAUGAUGAGAUUACCGCUUUGAGGACAGCACUACAAGAGUGCUGGACUCUGUGCAACACGUUGGCUAAUCUCAGUGCACUCCACAGAGCGCGGGUGUUCAACAGUUCCGGCACACCUGACGCUCAUGAGAAAGCUUGGAAGACAUGCUGGAAGCUGUGUCAGCGACUUUACGACAAUCAAGACGAGGACCCUGCCUCUCUCAGCGUCAGGAUGAACCUGGACCUAUGCCGGGAAUUUUGCCAAGCUCUAUUUGACAUACGACAAAAGAAAGAUGAGACUGCCGACUCGGUGCUUCGAGUGAGCUUUGAACUCAACAAUCAUCUUUACAGUGCCCAGGAUAGUAGAAAUCUGCCAGAGGCUUUUAGGGAGAGGACCCUUGACUUUUACAUUACUCUGUGCCAUCGCCUGAUGAAACAGCGCAGUGAACUGGCAGAGGAAACCGAUCAGCUCCUGAGUGCAUGCUGGGCCUUGGCAGAGAUGCUGUUCAGUCUUCGCCAGAACAAACGAGACGGGAAGGCCGUAGAUGAGGAGCUUCUUGGAUCGGCUGUUCAAGCUUGUUGGGAUCUUUGCGACAUCUUUAGAGACGGCUGGACUCAAAUUCGGCCUGACAGGAACACUCCCAGACCGAGCCAAACGAGUUUCUUCCCGCAACAGCCGGUAGAACAGUCAGGCAGAGAGAGCCGACAGUCAAAUCGCUCGUCACUUCAUUCUAAAAGGGAGAGUAUCAAAGGUAGUCAUCAAGAGGAGCGGCCGCGCAAACCCCCACCGGUCCCGGAAACUCCUGUGACUGAGUUUGAGGACACGCCGAUCUCACCCGAAAGCCGCUCUCCGCAGAUGCCCAACAUCAUGGUGCUGGGUACCUCAAGUGACAAUGGCCGAGGCGGGCGAUGGUCAAGCAACGCGUCCAACAUGUCCAGCUAUUCCCGCGGCAGUAAUCGAACAUCAAGUACUGCAACCACCACUACAGCAACCGAAGAUCCCAAUAUUUCAAGGUCAAAGGUGCUCGUUCUUCGCGCAGCCAUGAACAUGGGAUUCAACCGCGACACUAUCACGGAUGCUAAAAGCGAGUCUGUCAUAUUGCAGAAAUUCGUCCAGGGACUGCCUCCGGGCUCGUUCGGCUCGCUCCCCAGCCAUGCCACCCUUUUACAGCAGUACAAGACCUCAGUCCUCACAGACACAUUUCUUCCGCGAAAUCACACGCUGCCCAUCCGGGGAAAGCGCGUUAUAGCGCAGGACAUGGCUAAAAGUGUCCUUACCAUGAGCAACAGUUCACCACGAUAUGCUUACCUCCGUGAUCUAUUCAAAUUCGUCUUUCAAUUCACAGUUGACGAAGCCGAGUCACGAAGAAACGUCAGUAUCGUCGUCUAG